CAUCCUCAUGCUUACAGCAGCAACUAAAGCUCUGUUACCCGAACUGAUCGCGUGAUAAGUGACAGUGUUGGUUUCGGAAGAAGACGUCAAAAUGAAGGAGAAUUGCGGUCUUCAACUUUGGUCACAGCAGCCCGAGGGCGGUUUUGUCGCACUGAACGACAAGCAUCACCGUCGCCGCAGGGAGGUCAGGUCCGAGGCAGCUUUGUCCAUGGAUGCCUUUCACCCACCCACCCACUAUUACCACCACCGUGACUCCACUCCAUAUUCGCCGCCCAACCGCCUAGCGUCAUCAGAUAUUAGCUCUCGGUCCUUGUCUUCACUUGUCAACCUGGAAACCUCCUAACAGAACCCACUUCGCUUUCUCAUCCCCCCUCAACGAGACUCCAUUUCCGCAGCCUGUAUAUCUGCACCUGGCCUGCCCAGACGCCUUCCGACGCGAUGACCGACCCCGAGCCGUAUUUUUCCCACGACCACAUCCAGGCACCCCGCAUGAUACAGACCGACGACGAAUUUCAAAUGGCGCAAUCGCUCGACGACUAUGAAUUUCCUAGCUACCGCCUGUCUAAGGUCUUGAAAGACUCAACAAAGACACCUUUAGUCCUUGUCGCAUGUGGCAGUUUUUCCCCUCCGACAUAUCUUCAUCUGCGCAUGGCCGAGCAAGCCGCGGAUUACUGCCGCUUUCAGACCGAGUUUGAAGUAAUAGGUGGCUUUCUCAGCCCUGUCGGUGACGCAUACAAGAAACAAGGACUAGCAAGUGCUCGGCACCGCAUAAACAUGUGCAACCUAGCCGUGCAAUACAGCUCGAACUGGAUAGCAAUAGAUCCUUGGGAGCCACUACACAAAGAAUACCUCCCCACUGCGCAAGUUCUAGACCACUUUGAAGAGUCAUUAAACCGCGAUGGCGGCAUGGAGACCAGCACCGGGGAAAGGAAAAGAGUCAAAGUUGCCCUGCUUGCGGGGGCAGAUUUGAUACAAACUAUGAGCUCACCAGGGGUUUGGGCGGAAAGGGAUCUGGAUAGGAUCCUGGGACACUACGGAGCUUUCAUUCUCGAACGAGCCGGAACAGACAUUGACGACGCCCUUGCAAGCUUGCAACGAUGGAGAGACAACAUCCGAGUAAUCCCCCAACUGAUCCAGAACGAUGUAAGCUCCACCAAGAUACGUCUCUUCCGAAAACGCGACAUGUCGAUUCGAUACCUUGUCCCGGACCGAGUGGUGGAUUACAUCUACGAACACAACCUUUACAUUUCUGACGACGAAGCAAAAACCAAGUCAGACAACCCCGACAAGGGUAAAGGCAAAGCUGAAGGCGUAUCAGCAGAGAGUUCGUAA